AUGGCGCCCAAGGAACAAGACCAGAUCGUUCGCGACGAACAGACAGCCCAGCCGCUUGACCAGGGCGCGAUGAAGUCGCUGCUGCGCAAGAUUGACAUGUACCUCUUGCCGGUCAUGGCCGCUAGUUACAUGUUCCAGUUCCUUGACAAGUCGGCCCUCAGCAACGCCGCCAUCCUCGGCAUCCGGGCCGACCUGCGCCUCUCCGGCGGCGACUACUCGUGGGCGUCCGCAAUCUACUAUUUCGGCUUCCUCGUCGCGUCCUACCCGAUCGGCUGGAUCAUGGUGCGGAUGCCCGUCGCCAAGUUCAUGGCAGUGUGCAUAGCCCUCUGGGGAGGCACCUUGAUGCUGAUGGCCCUCCCGCGCAACGCCGCCGGGCUGCUCACCGUGCGCUUCCUCCUCGGUGUCCUUGAGGCGUCGCUUGGCCCGGGCCUCACCGUCAUCGUCGCCAUGUGGUACCGGCGCGCCGAGCAGCCGCUGCGGCACGCCGCCUGGUUCGCGGGAAACUCGGUCGCAGGCAUACUCGGCGGCAUCGCCGCCUACGGCAUCAGCCACAUCCGCUGGGUGGCUCCAUGGAAGGCACUUUUCUUGCUGCUGGGAGCCGCGACUUUUUUGUUUGCCGGUCUUGUCCUUUAUAUGCUGCCCGAUGUGCCGGCCAAGGCCCGGUUCCUGUCCAAGCGGGAGCGAGACAUGGCGGUUGCGCGUGUCAGAGACAACAUGACGGGGAUCCGAAACAACGUGUACAAGUGGUAUCAGGUGCGCGAAGCGCUGCUUGAUACCAAGACUUGGCUUAUGGCCGUUGUGCAACUCGGAACGUGCAUUGCCAACGGAGCGAGUAGUUUUACACCGAUUGUCAUCAAUGGCUUUGGAUUCACAACUCUCAACACUCUACUGCUCUCGUCCGGCGAGUUCCUCUCGCAGCUCUGCUUCAUGCUUCUCGUGGCAUGGAUCAGCUCGCGGAUCCCCAACAGUCGCACCUACUUCCUAGCCGGGUGUAUUCUACUCGGCGUGUUGGGUGGCCUGCUCAUCCGGCAGCUUCCACCCGCCAUGCGAUGGGGUCGGUACGCGGGCCUCCUCGUCCGCGCUGGCUUUCCUGCUUACUUUCCGCUCCUCUUGGCGAUGCUGUCGGGCAACACGGCCGGCUUCACCAAGAAGACGACGACAAACGCCGUGAUCUUCAUGGCCACUUGCAUCGGCAACAUUAUUGGCCCUCUGCUGUACUUUGGAUCAGAGGCACCCGGGUAUUCCUCGGGGUUUUUGUCUCUCAUCAUCUGUCUUGGUAUCUCUUUUAUGGCCAGUAUCUUGUUGCGAUUGCAUCUCACCCGGGAGAAUCGACGUCGGGAUACGGAGCAGGCAUCGGGGCUGGGCGAUGUGGCGGCGCUCGAUAAUCUGGACGAUGAAGAUUUCAACGAGAUGGAUUUGACGGAUAAAGAGAUGCCACGAUUCAGAUAUGUGUAUUGA